AUGACGGUGCAAAGCUAUCUGGACAACGUAUCAACUCUUUUCGCGAAGAGGAAAGCUCUGAACUUUACGACCAGGAACGGUGUCUCACUUAAGCCAGCAUUCGUUAAUGAAUCUACCAAGAAGGAGCUCGAAUUUUUGGAUGGGCUCCAAAGAAGCAUCGAAAUGGAGAUGCGUGAGGCGAUAAAACAGAUCGAAAAUGAAGACCACCAGAAAAUCCAUGUGGAAACUUCAAAGGCCUUCACUGAGUUUCAGUCUUCAAAGACCUUCACUGAGCCUUCAGACUUAUGGAAGAACUUCGGAACACCACCAGAUAGGAAUUCACAUGUUUUGGAGAGAAACUAA